AUACCAUAAAAAUGACUACAGAGAAAGUUGCAGUUGUUACAGGUGCCAAUAAAGGUAUAGGCUAUGAGGUUGUCAAAGGCCUUUGCACAAAAUUUAAAGGAGUGGUAUACUUGACUGCUAGGAACACCACCAAAGGGCUCGAAGCAGUAAAAAAACUGAAAGCUGAAGGUCUGGAUCCAAAGUUUCACCAAUUGGAUAUCACGGAUCAAAGCAGCAUUGAUGCUUUAAAAGAGCAUAUUAAAAGUGCCCAUGGUGGUUUGGAUCUAUUGGUGAAUAAUGCUGCUAUUUGUUAUUUGAAAACUGCUACGGAAUCCUUUGGUGAACAGGCGGAGAAUACAUUGAAAGUCAACUAUUUUGGCACCCUUAAAUUGUGCGAAGCUCUGUUUCCACUUUUGAGGGAUAAUUCCCGAGUGGUAAACAUAUCCAGCUCAGCUGGCCACUUAGCUAGGAUUCCUACUGAGAGAAGGAGAAAGGAAAUUGGUGAUGCAACCCUAACGAUUGAAGGGCUCAACAAUAUUGCUAAUAAAUUUAUCCAGUAUGCUCAGGAAAACAAAAAUGUUGAAGAAGGCUGGGGUAGUAGUUCGUAUGUCUUUUCCAAGGUGGCUGUAACAGCUCUAACGUUCAUACAACAAAGAAUAUUCGAUGGGGAAUCCCCAAAUAGAAACAUAGCUGUCAACGCAGUACACCCUGGAUAUGUGGAUACGGAUAUAAAUGGCCACCACGGGCCCCUCACCACCGCUGAGGGGGCUCGAGCCCCCCUUUUUGCCGCUUUGGAAGCCGACUUUAAAGGGAAAUACGUUUGGUCAGAUUUAACGGUUUUAGACUGGUACUCCACCACUGCACCAAAGAACAUUUAAAUCAGGUUCUGUAAAUGUGUUUUUAAUAUUUAAUAAAUUGAUUCCACAUUUUA